AUGUCGCGCGACCAACCUGGCCCGUCGGUUGCGCGCGCCUCCGCAGGUUUUGUGAAGAUUGUCCCCGAGCUCAGCGCACCCCUCCGUCGAUCGAGCAACGGGCUGCCGCUGCGUCGCCCCAUCGGGCGGCAGUGCCGCCGCCCCGUGGUUCUCCUCGCGGCUGCAUCGACUCGUGCGUCGCCGCUGCGUAGUGCCGCGAUACGCGGUCCCAGCCGCUGCCCCGAGGCCGUCCCGAGCUCCGCCGCUGCAUCGCCUCUUCAGGCCAUAGCGCCACGGCCCGCGGUCCCCGCCGCCGCCCCGAGGUCUUGCUGUCGUCGCCCCGACCUGCCCGCCGCCGCUGCGUCGCCCCUUCAGGCCAUAGUGCCGCGGCCCGCGCCUACUUCGAGCACCGCCGCCGCUACCUCUGUAGCCGCCGCCCGUCCACCCACUUCGUCUUCGUCCAAGCACCAGCCCGUCGCCAGCGUCACCGUGAUCUACCCCGACCACUUCGUCUACUCCGACCGCCGUUGGUGA